ACACUAACGCAUGACCUUGUCGUUUCGCGGCACUUCAAAAUCGUACAACACUACGCUAAAUGGGUUCCAGUAGUAGUAGCCUCGUUGAUGUUUCUAAGGAUAAACCACUACAAAAGUUUGUUGGACCAGAGGAGUUACCGCCAAACAGUGAAUUUUGGAAUGAUUUUUUAUCUUCCUUUGGCUCGUCAAAAAAUAACAGUGCCUUAAUGAACUUCGAAGAGACAAGUAAAAGUCUUUUGAGGGAUCUUAAAAAGAAUAACCUCCAAUCACAUAACAUUCCUAAUUUAAUCCAGUUCCUCAUAUCACAGGUGUCAGAACUAAUGGGCUCCACCAACAUAUGCGAGGAUACUAUUUUAAUCGUCCAAAAUGGACUUCUUAUUCUCCGCCUCUCAGUAAAAUACCUGAUGGAGCACACUUCUGAAGCUAGGUUUUUUGCUCAUUUUUCUGUAACUUCACCAGAAGAUCCGCAUUGUCUAUCUGUUAUCGAAUGUCUGUUUCCUGUUCUUUUCAAGCUUGUAACCAACUUACCCAUACAAGACAAUACCUACUUAUUGCAUUGUGAAGCUCAUCUCUUGUGUAUAGUUUUACUUUCUCGCCAAAUGUAUAAAGAACUAUCGGCUCCCUUGCCACAAGUUUAUGUUUCUGUUGUGUGGGGAAAGUGUGCUUCUUUGGCUCCUGCAUUAGUUUGCCGUUUACUGUCCAACUUUGCUGAGAAUCGUCCUGUCCCACCACAUUUACACGGUAUUGAACAGUACAGUUUAAUAUGGAGGGCUGCAUCAUCUGUUGCAGGCGGUCUACUAUCAAUUGUCACACUUGGCGGCUUCUUAAGUCGUGGCACUGCUAAUACUACUGCUACAACAACAAAAUCUGAUACACUGGAUACUCCUCAAGUGACAAUUGUUGAAGCAGUCAAAGCUACCUCAGCUGUUGAUCUUGUCACCUCUGAAUCAAAUACUAAAUCUGUUGAUCAGUGUCAUUUAUUAUCUAAUGUCAGCUCAUUGCUAUUACUGGUGCUUACAACACAGGCUGGAUCAAUUGAAAAGUCUAUUUCAACUUAUCCUGAUCUUGGUCUGAAAGAUUCUAAUCCUUUAGGUCGAAAUCCCUAUCGAAAUACCCUGUUCACUUUACAAGAUGAAACUGUUCAAAAGCAUCAAGCAGAAUCGAUAAUGGAUUCAACUCAUGUACUGCCUAAGUCAACGCCUCGAUUACAACCAGGCGGUGCUACAUUGAAUGGACAUUUGAAUAUUGUUACACAGUCAUCAUCAUCGUUUAUAAAUUUCACGGCGAUCUGUGAUACAGCUGCUUUAACUUUAUCUCAGGAUAGUAGCCCAUUAAUACUCUAUCUGUUAUUACAUCGUAAUACAAAUUUUCAUACAUUUAUUAUGCAAGACAGAGGAUAUGAAAAAUUGCUUCCACCCUUGUUAAAUAUUCUUUACAAAUCUCAAUCACACAAUUCACAUCUUGUUUAUAUGGCGUUAAUUUUACUGCUUAUAUUUACGGAGAAUGAACAAUUUGGACGAGAUAUACACACAUCAGAGAUUAAAUGGGUUCAAUGGUCAGCUAAUCGUCGACUAUCGAAUGUUUCUUAUGGAAGUUUAACUGUUCUAGUACUUUGUCGUACAAUUCAAUAUCAUUUGAAUCAGUUAAAAGACAAAUAUCUUCAUGUGAAUAUUUUGGCAGCUUUGGCUAACUUAUCUCCGCGAAUAACUAAACUUCAUCCUUAUGCUUGUGAUACAUUGGUUAAUCUUCUACAAUUGUUGAUCAAACGUCAUAAUAAAACUGUCGAUAUUCUACGUAAAAUGUCCGAUGAUAAUCAAUCACAAACAGUUGGUGAAGUCACUAAACUGUUGAGUAAUACAUCGAUUAAUUCAUCUUCUGCUACAGAAGAGGAAAUGGUACAAGAAUUAGCAUUACUUGAAGAAGUGAUUCGUAUGCUGUUGGAAAUUAUCAACUCGAUUAUUACACAUACAAUGAUGUCGAAUACAGAUUUAAUAUAUUCCCUGUUGUAUAAGAAGGAUUCAUUUGCUCCACUGCGGUCACAUCCAUCCUUUCAGGUUAGAAAAGUAUUUAUUAUUUUAAUAUUUGAAAUUUUCAAGAUUGACCAUGGAUUGAUGUCAGUUUAGAGAAGCAUUGAAAACCAGCAGGGAGUACUGGGAAACUGCGACAAGUGGUGUCCGUCAGGGAUGCCAAUUAUCCCCAUUUCUAUUCAAUUUCAUCAUAGAUGUACUAAUGGACUUAACUCUAACUGCUGACUUCAGAGACUCAGGGAUUAACUUGUUACCAUCAGGGGGAUGAUCUCAUUGACUUAGAAUAUGCAUGUGGAUGAUAUAUUCCUUCUAGGGUGGGUGAAGACGCAGACAAAAUGGAGCAGAGUCUUCUGAAUACCUUGAGCUGCUAUCUACGAAUGUUUGGCAUGCGAUUCGCUCUAGCCAAAUGUAAGAUGAUGUUAGAGGAAUCACUGGACUACAUUGACUCCUAGCUUAAAAAUAUGCAAUGAAUGAAGUGGUGGCUUAGCGUGUUGACCACUUCACUUAUUUGGAGAGUUGCAUCAACCGAUGUUAACGGGUUGACCUCUGACGAAAUCUCUAGACUGAUAAAGAAGGCUCGUUUUGCUUGAGCCAGUUUACGCCACCUCUGACUUAGUAGACGUGAAAUCCGGUUGGCUAUCGACCAAAGGGCGGAUGUACAGCUCAACAGUCCGCUCCGUCUUCCUUUACGGCUGGCUGUGAGACCUGGCCAUUGAGAAUGCAAGGCAUGAAACGCCAGUUGGCUGUUUUUGAUCACAGGUACCUACGUUCUAUCUCCCGUGUGAUAUGGUAUAAUAAAUGAGCAAUAUUGAGGUUAGACUUCAGUCGAGUGCCAGGUGAGUGGGGAGGGGAAAUCAUUUGACGAGGCUGUGAAGCUACAUCGACUGAGGUGGUUAGGACAUGUGUUACAUAUCAAUGCUUAGUCACCGCCUUCCUCGACGGUCAAUGUUAGCUGAGAGAGAGGGUCAGAUUGGAAAAGAGCUAGCGCAGGUCAAACAAAAACAUGGCUUCACCAGUCAAUGAAAUCUACAACAGUCAGUUUAAGCCAGUCACGUAGGAAGGUGUAGACUGGCUUCCUGACUGGUUGGGGUCCCCGGGUCGGUAAAAACCAAUGGGGUUGGAAACAGUUGGUGAGAUGGCUUAAAAUCGUUCUCAGUGAUGGCUAGCGGAGAUGCAUCCACUCCUUGUGAUUUAUGAUUUCCAAUGAAACUGUUUUGUUCUUCGUUAUUACUCUUCCCUUGUCUCACUCGCACCUCUGUUUACUGUCUCUAUUAUGCAUUUCUUCUACUUUCUUCUCUUGCUUUGUGUGUGCUACAAGGAGGGAGUGCGGCGACUUGAACUUGCAAGGCAAGCUCAUAGACCAUGAUGCCACUGGGAUCCAACUCGAUCCAAUGACCAGCCCGUGAUUCCAACUUCUGCCAAUAAUUCACGACAUAACGCGACCAGCAACCAACGUCUUCGGAUCGGGUCCCUGUGGCUCAGUUGUUUAUGGGCUGUUCUCAUAACCAGGAGGUCCUGGGUUGAAACCGCCGUUAGUAGGUACACACUGUGAAUAGUCCCAAACCGGGAAGAUACAAUUAACUGUCCAAUACUUCCAGAUUUUUCAAUGAUUCGUUAACCAAUUACAGCUCAUGAUGAUAUCUAAAUAUUACAAGUAUAAUUUAAUAGUUUUAGAGGUCAUCAUAAAUUAUUUUUUGACAAAAUGGCUGUGACUGAGAGUCUUUUAAUAAAAUGUAUUUCAUUUAACUUUUAUAGUCAAACCUAUCCACCGAUGGAGUCAAACGUUUCUUUUAGGACAAGAAAUACAGAGAUGAAUAAGGCAUUUAGAAGACAAAUUGCUCGAAAUGAUAUCGUCAUUUCGUAGUUUCUUUACAACUGCUUUACAACCAACACGGUUCAUAAUAAUAGAAUAAAAUAAAAUGCAUGACAAUUACUCAGUUAUAUAAAAAAAGAAAAAGUACAUACUAAUGACCAAUCAUAUUUAAAUAGGUCAUGUUGUCCAUGGUAGGCGAAGGUUGAAGUCCAU